ACUGGUUGUCAUAGAAUUGUGUGUGGUUGUCAAUUGGUCAAUGUGUGCGCAAAGGAAAACUCGCUGAAACGCUGAAAAUAGAAGCGUUAGAGAGUAAAAGGGGGAACGAUAGAAACAUCGAGUGCUAUUAGUGAAGAUAACGAAUUCUACGAUGACAGUGGAAUGAUGAGGUAACGAUCAUCAAAUCGAAUAAGAAAAUACAGGAGACUCGAGUGUCGGUGCGUUGUUGUUUUCGGUGGUGAAGUACGGGGAAAAAUUUAAGCAUGAUGGCGGAUACAUCGUUCUCGCGCAACGAAAUUGUGGGACUCGUGGUGAGACUGACUCUGGUGUCUGCGGUCACAUUCUACAGCAUAAAAUGGAUCAUGGAGAGGGUGGACCCCACCAACAAAAACAAGAAGAAAGCUAAGCUGAAGGCCGAGGAACAACUGAAGAAAUUGGCGACAGCAGGGAAAUGCACACUGGCAGUUGAUAAGUUGUCCGAGUACGAGAUCAUGAUUGCUGCACACAUCAUCAACCCACAGGACAUCAACGUGUCGUGGUACAAUAUAGCUGGCCUGGAGAACACUAUCCAAGAGCUGAGGGAGACUGUGAUCCUGCCCAUUCAGCGUAAAGAGUUGUUCGCCGAUUCGCAGCUGACGCAGGCACCGAAAGGAGUGCUGCUGCAUGGGCCUCCUGGCUGCGGCAAGACGCUGAUCGCUAAGGCCACGGCGAAGGAGGCGGGCACCAGGUUCAUUAAUCUGGACGUAUCAAUCCUGACCGAUAAAUGGUACGGGGAGAGUCAGAAGUUGGCCGCUGCCGUGUUUUCGCUGGCAAUUAAGCUGCAGCCGUGCAUCAUCUUCAUCGACGAGAUCGAUUCGUUCCUGCGGGCCAGGAACAGCACCGAUCACGAGGCGACGGCGAUGAUGAAGGCGCAGUUCAUGUCGUUCUGGGAUGGCCUCAUCACCGAUCCCAACUGCACGGUGAUCAUCAUGGGGGCGACGAACAGGCCGCAGGAUCUGGACAGCGCCAUCCUUCGCAGGAUGCCCGCCACUUUCCACAUCUCGAUGCCGAAUGCGUUGCAGAGGAGGCAAAUCCUCGAUCUGAUUCUCGACAACGAGCCCGUCGCUGACGACGUGGACGUGGGUAAGCUGUCCAGGGCGACGGACGGAUUCUCCGGGAGCGAUUUGAGGGAGCUCUGCCGCACCGCCUCCGUGUACAGGGUCAGGGAUUACAUGAGGAACGAGAACAAGAGCAACGGCUGCGUCGAAGGUGUCGCCGUGAGCCGAGAGUCCGAUGACGAAUUCCACGACGCCCUCCGUCCGAUCAUAAUGGACGACUUCCUCGUCUCGCUGAACAAGAUGAAGGACUCGAAAAUGCACUGCGGCUCUCUGCCCUUGCAGAUACGACUGGACUAGCAUUCGUGUUCCAUUGUAGACAGGUAUAUAGUUAAUAUAGAUACGUACAUUGAUAGAGCCGUUAAAUUCGAGAGCCUUUUUAAGCGAGUUAACAAAUUGUAAUUUAUGCUGAAUAAAGGGGAUAAAUGUGCAGUGUAUGACGACGAUGUGUGGUGUACGCAGACGAGAGUCAUCAUUUAUUAUUAAUUUUCGUUUUUUUUUAGGCGGGAGGAGCGAUUCACUUUCUUUUUACUUUAUUGUGUACAACAACUAAUAAUUAUAUAAUAAUAGUCAUCAUUACGCCUACA